AUGGCGCAGCGGAGGGCGGCAGAGCGCGGCCCUUGCCAAGGCGCGGUGGAGAGCGCCAGGCACCAGCGGCAGCUUUCAGGGAAAGCUCAGGCAGAAGGUGGAUCAGCUCGGACAUCACUUCUUAUUUUAGUGUCCAUCUUCUUAUCAGCUGCUUUCCUUAUGUUCCUGGUAUAUAAAAAUUUCCCAGAACUUAGUGAAGAAGAAAGAGAAUGUAUAAAGGUUCCUAGAGAUAUGGAUGAUGCGAAGGACUUGGGAAAAGUCCUGUCCAAGUAUAAGGACACAUUUUAUGUUCAAGUAUUAGUGGCUUAUUUUGCCACAUAUGUUUUCUUGCAAACAUUUGCUAUCCCUGGGUCUAUAUUUCUCAGUAUCCUGUCAGGGUUUCUUUAUCCCUUUCCACUCGCCUUAUUUCUUGUUUGUCUAUGCUCAGGACUCGGAGCUUCAUUCUGCUAUAUGCUUUCAUACCUAGUGGGACGCCCUGUUAUAUACAGAUAUUUAACAGAAAAAGCAGUAAAAUGGUCAGAACAGGUUGAAAGGCACAGAGAACACCUCAUUAACUACAUAAUAUUUUUGAGAAUAACACCUUUUCUUCCCAAUUGGUUUAUCAAUAUAACAUCUCCUGUAAUUAAUGUGCCAUUGAAAGUAUUUUUCAUUGGGACUUUUCUAGGUGUGGCACCGCCGUCUUUUGUAGCCAUUAAGGCAGGAACAACGCUGUACCAACUUACAACAGCAGGGGAAGCAGUUUCCUGGAACUCUGUAUUUGUUCUCAUGAUUCUAGCCAUCCUCUCCAUCAUACCCACUGUCUUCCAAAAGAAACUGAAACAGAAGUUUGAAUAAGGAUCAGACUGGACCAGAAUUUCCCAUAUUUCAUCUCAGGAUCAGCACUUUGGAUAUUUGUAUAUUUGAUCUCAAGCAAUUAAAAGGGAGGCUUGUAAUUCAUAAGAAUGUCUUUA